GUUCUUUUAACAUUGUGUUGCCAUGGCAUCGUCUAGUAUUUUAGUUGAGACUGGUUCUGUGCUGCUGGUUCGCUCUCAAAACAGACCUUAUAUCGAUUCAUUGCUGUUUGAUUAUUUUCCAAACCAAUAUGUCCCUCAAAGUGGGAAAUCGUUGGUUGAAGUUUGCCAGCCAUCUUCCUGUGAAUGCUCUGAAUUUCUUCACCAAAAGUUAAUGCAAUGCGUUCUCCCAAAAACAUUUAGUGGGUUUCACUUGAAUGGUUACAAUACACAUUGUCUUCUUAUUGACUGUGGGGGUCGGUUUUGUCCAUCAAAGUUUGGAGUGUUUGUUCGCAGACAUUUACAAGACGAAAUACCUGCUUUGAAAUUUGAGCACAACCAGUAUGAAGUGUUUUUAGAAGAAGUUCGUUCCCUAAUUUCUUGA